GCAAUAUCGUAACAGGAAGGAGGGUUUAUUUUGGUUUGGUGCUUUUUUUUCUUUAACGUGGGUAGGACUGGGAAUAUAGUGGAAUUUUAAUGAUGACUGGUGCAGUUGUUGAACAUGUGCUUUUGGGGCUCAGAGAUGCCGCAGCUGAUCCGAAUACUUUAUUGUCGUGGGGUACAAACAAAGUUGGAGGUGUUCCGGACUGUCCCCCCAGCAUAACAAUGCAUUAUCCUUCAUGUGAUAUUUGCAAAGCUGUGAUGUUUCAUAUUGUCCAAGUAUACUGUCCCCUUACGAGUUCAGCAUACCAUCGUAUUAUCAAUGUGUUUGCAUGUGCAAGGCAAGAAUGCUGGGGAAAGUGUGACAGCUGGAAGGUGUUACGAUCCCAGUAUUUAGAGGCCAAAGGCAAAAUAACACAAGAAAUGAAGUCAAAGGAGGUAGCACCUAUGGCAGCCAGUGACUGGUGUGACACUGCAGAUGACUGGGGAAUGAAUGAGGAAGCAGAAUGUACGGGAUUCAAUGCUGACCAUUUGCCUGAAUUGAAAGCAGAUGAUCCUCAUGUGCUGGUAGCUUCGGAAUGCACUUACCAGCUCCAGGGACUCAGUCUGUCGGAGACUUUAGCAACCACUGAGGUUAAGUCAUUCAGUGUUGCAUCAGCAGGGGAAGGUUUGAUUGCAGCUGGAUCAGUUCCUUGUUUUCAGUCAUAUUUCAUCAGUGUUGUUGAUGAAUUGGACUAUGAAAGUUCUGUUGACAUUAGCCAUGCAGAAGAGCUACUUAAAGAAUACCAACAGAGGGAAGGUGUCGCUGUAGACCAGCUUAUAUCAGAAAGCUGUGUGUCAGAAGGUAAUGAAGAAAAAUAUGAAAAGACAUUUACAAAACAUGGCGAUAGAACAUUUCUCAAGUUCAUGAAAAAAAUUUCUGCCUGCCCAGAGCAAAUUCUGAGGUACUCUUGGAAAGGUACCCCUUUGUUUAUAACAACUUCUCCACCAGCUAUGAAUACAUUGAUACCAUCAUGUAAAAAUUGUGGAAGCAGUAGAGUCUUUGAGUUCCAGCUGAUGCCUGCCUUAGUAAGCAUGUUAAAAACUGCCAGCAAUGAGGAUAUAUCAGUGGAGUUUGGAACAGUUCUGAUUUAUACAUGUGAAAAGAGUUGCUGGACACUUGGUUGGCAAAUCCCUCAAGAGGAGUUUCCGUAUGUACAAGCAGAUCCGGAUCAAGCUCUUUUUAAAGUAAAUACUUAACACUGAGUAACUGACUAAUAAAAUAUAAUUUAUUCAUGG